CUGUCACUCCGCGUUGUGGAGCGACUUUGGAAUCAACGCUGCUUCAUCUCUGGCAACGUCAGAGGCUGGCGCUCUUUCUGCCAUCACCCAAUUUAACCCCUCUUUAUUCCAACCUUAUUCCGUUGAGCCACAUAACAACACAAGUCAUCCUUUGUCUAAGUCACGCUUCACCAGAAAUCAAACUAUGUCUACAAAAGAGGAAAAACCAGGCGAUGAAAAAGAACCCGAAUCCACAUGGAAACAUUCAAUCUACAAUCCGAGGACCGGAGAGUUUUUUGGUCGAACCGCCAGCAGUUGGGGACUCAUCUUGCUGUUUUACACCGUCUUCUAUGGUUUCUUGACUGGCAUGUUUAGUCUCACCCUGUGGGUGAUGCUCCAGACACUGGACGAAAAUGUACCGAAGUACAAUGACCGCGUUUCUUCCCCAGGGUUGGUUAUCAUUCCAAAGUCAAUGGAAAUUGUGUACAACAAAUCAGAGCCUUUACAAUACAGGCAGUUUAUCCAGCACCUGGAGACACUCCUGCAGAAGUACAAUGACUCAGAGCAGGUGGAGAAUGAAAUGUGUCUAUCAGGGCAAUACUAUGAGCAGGAGGGUGAGGCGCAGAAGAAGGCAUGUCAGUUCCGGAGGAGCUUCCUUGGCCGCUGCUCCGGGCUGGCAGACCCCACGUUUGGAUAUGCUCAGGGGCAGCCGUGUGUCCUCAUCAAAAUGAAUAGGAUCAUUGGCCUCAAGCCAGCCGGAGAUCCACAGAUCAACUGUACUACAAAGGGAGAAAACUCCUUACAGAUACAGUAUUUCCCCCAGGAUGGGCAUAUUGAUAAAAUGUACUUCCCUUACUAUGGGAAAAAGGCUCAGAGUGGGUAUGUGCAACCUCUGGUUGCCAUGAAUCUGUUACUGAGCAAAGAAAACUACAACCAGGACAUCACUGUGGAGUGCCGAGUAGAGGGCUCAAACCUCAAAAACAAUGAUGACCGUGACAAGUUCCUCGGACGUGUCACUUUCCGGCUCCUGGUGACUGAGUAGCUGGACAGGAAGCAGCUAUAGGGAGCAGCUACCCAUGCCCCCCGUCUCCCUCCUGUACUGUUUCGCUCUGAAUACUCCCUUGCCACUAUUUUGUCAGCCAUUCAGUGUGCUUAUUUUUUACCCUGCAAGGGACUUUUGUAUAUAAUAUAAAUGAAACAAGAAGUCUGAAGUCUAGUGGGAGGUAAUGCAUUGUGAUUUGUGUUUUUCCGUGUUUGUCUAGUGCUGCUCCUUUUGUGGGUUGUAUUACCGCAUACAUAUUUAAUGGUAUUCAUCACAGCAUCGUCUAUCAUAGUUUACAAUGUCCUAUCACUGUAAAAAGGAAAGAUUUUAUUAAAAAGGCAGAUACCUAGCACAUUUCAGAUAGAUGAUGAAAAAUUAAACUGGAAAAAAUAUAGUCUGUGGUUUAUGCAGAUGCCUUAAGAGCCAUUUAACAUCUUGGAAUAAAGGUUAUUUUAAG